AUGUCUGGUGUGAGAACAACAGCACAAGAGCGAAGUGCGAUGAUGGCUGGCCAUUGCUGUAUAAGUUUCAAGUCCCAUGGGCAAGAAAAUCAUCUUGCACUUGUGAUGGCUGAUGAGAACGAUUCCAACAUCCGUCAAGAUUACUGGAAUCUGAUAUCCUUCUACAAGUUCUACGACGAAGAAGAUCCGGACGCUUUUGCUGAACGACUGAUAGGAGCCUGGGCUCCUAUGAAUGUUGUCGGGAGAGUGUAUGUUGCAACUGAAGGGAUCAAUGCCCAGCUCGCGGUACCGGCCAGCCUCGUCCCACUCUUUCGAAAUACAAUCAAGUCGACAGACAAGCUGCAAGACGUCUGGCUGAAUGUCGACGUUGUUGUUCCCCAUGCACAGAAACCGUUCGAGAAGUUGACCGUCAAACAUCGUAAGCAAGUACUGUCGGAUGGUCUUGGAUUCCCACUUGACAUCAACAACAACGGCAAUAAGCUGACGCCUGCUGCUCCUCUCCUUCUCGAUAUCAGGAACAUCUACGAGUACGAGAUUGGCAGAUUUCAGUCUGCAACUCCUGUGCCAACCUCCACAUUCAAAGAGACCUGGCAAAUAUUAGACGAUCUGUUGCAAAAUGAGAACAAAGAUCGGGAGAUCUUGACCUACUGCACUGGAGGGAUCAGGUGCGAGAAAGCAAACGCAUACAUCGUUCAGAAGUUGGGGUCAGUCCGCAAACAAUAUCGCAACUUCCCUCUUAGCUCGGGUCAGGGAGGCAUUGUUCACUACAGCAAGUUCUUGAGAGAAACAAACCAGCGGUAUCAUUACACUUGCCUCAACUCCCUUUCUCUCACUCCCUUCGUUGCUUGCAGCUCCAAGUUCCUUGGAGUCAACCAUGUCUUCGAUCAGCGCUGCGGGACUCAAGUAGGAGGGCAGCGGAUCGGGCAGGAGAGCAUGCGAGGCUGCUGCUCGUCGGAGUGCUUGCAAGCUCUGUCUGCGCUGGAAGAACGAGACGGAGCAGAGAAAAGACUGGCCAUUGUGAAGUCAACGCUCAACAAGACUGCAGCUGGUGAAUCAUGUGCCAAUCAUGUCAGAAAGGAGUCUCUGAGUUCGGAAUUGCUCACAGAGGUAAAGAAUGCCUUGGAUGAAUCGAAAAUCAAGCUUGACGCUGCUCUCUGUGAAGCAAGAGCGGCAGAGGAGGACCAGCAACUGCUUCCAUGGCCACAUGGCAAGAAGACCACCUCUACCUCAGCAUCCCAGCACAACUUGCACUGA